GAAGAUCAGCCCGCGAAGGAUUGUGGGUAACCGAACGUGUCUGAUGGUAUCUUCGUUUGUUGCCUGUGAUCCUUGAACAGCUGUGUUGCAGUGGUCUGGUUGAAAGAAAAGGUGUCCAACUUGUCUGAAGUUGAAAACGGCAUCUCUUUCAGAUGGUUGGAUUACUUCCGAUUUUUCAAAAUAGUAAAUGAGUGGAAGUGUGCAGAUUAUUUCCUUUUACGAAACUUUCCCCGAAGGAAUCAUUUAGUUCUUUGCAAAGUUGUUCGAUCUAGGUUUUUUGUACAAUGAGUUCGCCGCAAGAACUCAUUCUUUUUGUGAAAGCCGGUGAUGAUGGUAAACGUUACGGCGCAUGUCCGUUCUGUCAAAGAUUGUUCAUGAUCUUGCUCAUUAAAUCUUCCCAAAAUUUACUGCAGUUCAAAGUGGCAACAGUUAACUUGGCUAAACCACCUGACAUGUUUCGGAAGUUGACUCUGAGACGGGUGCCUGCGCUGAUCCACGCCGAUACGGCCCUCGACAACAUCGACGAGCUUAUCCAGUACCUGGACGAGGCUUUCCCUACGCAAAAUCUCCAGUAUGAGAAUGCGGAGGCUGACAAAUGUUGCAAAGACGUGUUCCAGAAGUUUUGCUUUUAUGUGAAGGACGUCUCGAAGGAUGCUUCCCAGUUGGAAUCCGAACUGCGCAAAAUUGAUACCUACCUUGGAACGAUCGAAACGAAAUUUUUGUGUGCAAAUCAUUUAACACAUUUAGACUGUGAGCUUCUGCCCAAGCUUCACCAAGUCAGAGUAGCUGCAAAGUAUUUAAAAAACUUCGAAAUCUCACCGAAAUUGGUAAAUAUGUGGAGGUAUUUAGGUGGUGCAUAUGCUGAGGACACUUUCAAGCAAGCUUGUCCUUCCGAUCAAGAAAUAAUAGUUCACUGGGCAGAUAAACCGGAAACGCCGAAUUUGUCAAUGGAAGAAAGGGCAAGACUGGCUAGGGAGGAACCGAAGUUUUCGUUUGACGUGCCUAUAAUAUUAAAAUAAUUUUCUUCGCUGUCUCCUAAUAAAAUACCGCAUUUCCUCACGUAUUUUACUAAUUUUUGUCCAAAAAUCGGAAGAAGAAAAUAAUGCGAAUCAUUUAAUUUCCAAAUGACGCUUUUAUAGUAAGAACGUAGCAAACGUAACGUUCGUGGUAAACUGGAGGUAGCCAUCACAACGUUAUUUCUUUGGAAAAAAAAAAAAAAACUUAACAUUCUAAUAAGAAUAUAUAGUAAUAUUAAAAUUUAAGAUAUCAUUUCUACUUCUCUGUAAUUUGAAUCUCACCGGUUAUUAUUGUAUCUGCUACUCCUUAGGCCUCAAGUCAUUCAUAAAUAAGUGCAGAAGGGGAAUGUGCACCCGACUCGGCAAAAUCAUUGGUUGAAUAUCAGUUCGUGUUUGUUUCACUGUGAUGGAUCGGUUCUUGUAUUAAGCUGACAUAAUGUUCAGCAGUUAAAAAGGAAAGAUUCUGCGUGACCUUCGCAGGUAGCCUGCGAGGUUUCGCUUUCAUGUUGUUAAUAAAACGAAAGAAAUCACUAAGUGGACAAAUCCAUUUUUUUUUUUUUAAUUUAGAGUAACUCGUUAUGUGAACACACUGAUGAAGGGGGAAAUAAUGCAAAUAUUUAAAAAAUUUUCAAAAACCUGCCGUUAGAAACUUUGGAGAGAAAUACAUGUUGAAAUACGGUAUGUUAUUUAUAUGAUUAGUUUUAAGUAUUUUGUUGGAGAAAGAAAAAAUUGCUUUUCUUUCAGCUCGUAAAAAUGCUUCAACUGAGAAAGAAAGCAAUUUGCGUUUUCUGUGUUUCCGAUGGGUCCAAUAUUCGGAUCAUAAUAAUUAAGUUGUAAUUAACUUGCACUGAAUACGAAUCUGCUUUGAAACUGUGCACCUCUAUGAAUACGAAACCUUAACAUUUCUGCUAAAUGUAAAAUAUACGAAAAUUUAACGGCAGUAACAUGUCUAAAUAACUUUCUGUUACAUUUAUGCAUGUUUAAUAAUUAUAGUUCUGAUAAUUAAUUCAAUCAAAUUAAAUUAUCAAUUAUUAAAUGUAAUAUCAAAUGUGUGAAAUAUCAGUUUUGCUAAUGUAAACUUUCUCACAGAUAAUUUGAUAUAGUAAUUAUAAUUUUAGUUUAGCUACAUUUAAUUAAAUGAUUAUAGAAAAAAAAAAUAAUGUUAUUUUGCUUUAAAUGUUUUUUUGUUGGAUUAUUCUUAUAUGCCCAUGGAUUACUAUUGGUAGGGAAUUUUCUUAAUGAUGAAUUUGAAGAUUCAGUUAGAAAAUAUUAUUUUUAAUAACCUAAUGCAGAAUAAAGUACACUUCGGUCAUUAUGGUUGGUUACCAAUUUGCAGACGAAAGGAAACUGGAGGAUGAAUGUUUGUUAACUGGACAUUCGAAUUCUGUCAUUGCAAAAUUGAUUAUUUUAUUUAAUAUUUUAUGAAUAUCUGCAUUUAAAAGGUGCACAAAGUUAAAAAUGUCAACUGUCUUGUUUAUAAUUUUUUAUGCUUUAUUUAUGCAUUAAAAAAAAUCUGACAAUCUCA